AGGACAGUUGGCCUCUAGCUGGCCCAGCCCACGGAUUCCUAGUAGAGAGCUCGAACACGUUUGCGACCGCCGGGCCCCUGGCCUCUCCGGCUUCUCUUGCUUGGCUGAGAGAGGGUAACCACGAGAGCUGGCCCAGGGAUGGGUGGCUGAGCCGCCAAGAAGCAGGCCGACCGGCCCCUGAGCCCGGCUGGGCCCCGCCCCGGAAGCCCGGGCUCCACCCCUUCCGCCCCGCCGAUGCUCGGUGCCUUAGGGGUUCGCCAGGUGUUCGCGGUACCGAUUUGUCUCACCUGUCGUUUUAGUGUAGGUCUCUGGCCCCUGCUAAACUCCAGGGUGGUUCUCCUAAUAAGAAGUAGCUGAGAAAAACAAGUGCAAGAUUAUGUUCAGUGAUACAGCAAUAACCUCGCAUGCAAAAGGCCUUGAGCUUGAGCCUCAGCACUGAAAAAAAAAAAAAAUCAAUCCAACAAACAAAAACUGGCUAAAGAGGUUUGGGGAAUGAACAAUUACAUAAACUAGAGUUGGAUAUUAGAAUUUACAAGACCAUUAGUGAUCUCCUACACUGUUUAAAAAUCAAUAAUAGCCAUACAACUUGCAAGGAAUUUGUUUAGUCGUCUUCUCACAUUGGUGUAUCACAGAAUCGGGUGCCACAGUGACCUGGAUUGCAGUGAUUAGGAUGUAUCCUAGCAGUUAAGAAGUGAAAAAUGAAGAAACUAUUGCUUCCCAGCCAUGAGUGAGAAGACUGAUUUUGCAUUCCCUUUUUAAGGAAAAAAAAAGGGUGGGAGUGAAAGAAAAUAAUUGGUAAUAAGGCCUGUGUAGCCAUGGCUAGUUCUGACGUGAAACCAAAAUCAAUAAGUCGUGCCAAAAAAUGGUCAGAAGAGAUAGAAAAUCUGUACAGAUUUCAACAAGCAGGAUAUCGGGAUGAAAUUGAAUAUAAACAAGUGAAACAAGUAUCUAUGGUAGAUCGAUGGCCAGAGACAGGCUAUGUGAAGAAACUUCAGAGAAGGGACAAUACUUUUUAUUACUACAACAAACAGAGGGAAUGUGAUGACAAAGAAGUUCACAAAGUGAAAAUUUAUGCUUACUAACUUUUCUUUGUAUCACUUGACAAUUUUUCAUUGUUUCUAUUCUACAUCAUGUAAAUGUUUGUCAUUUUACAAAAUAAUUCCAAAUGCAGUCUUCCAUUUAAAGUUUUGAAACACAGAAACCAUGCAACUUGUUAUCUGCUGAUCAUCUUGUCCUGUUCUAAAAUGUAAUUGUAGAAGUAUUAAACUUGUUCCUUUGUUGGUC